AUGCCCCGUGGGGGGUGGUACGCUGUCCCCUUGGAGGGGCUGUGUGCUGCACUAGCCUGGCUGGGCUUGGCCCGACUCGCCGAGCGUGCCCUGGGCUGGCUGGCCUGCGCCCCCCACGCCGUGUGGCGUCUGUGGCUGGGCCUCUGCAAGGGCGCACCUCCCCGGGCCCACUCCCGGGCCCCGGGGCCUCUUCCAGAGCCCUGGGAGGGCCGCCCUGACCUGAGGGUCUACCGGGGAGGAGGCGGCGAUCCGGAGCUGCUCACUGUCCACACAGCCCCCCACAGCUUCCAGGUGGACCUGGCCGCGCUGGCAACAGAGAGCGGCUACUUCGAGGCCCUCGCAAGAUCCUGCAUGCAGGAGACGUCGGAGAGACGGCUGGACUUGGGCCACGUCCCCUCGGCCACCUUCCGGGCCAUCCUAGAGUGGGUGUUCUUUGGCCACUUUGCGCUGGCGGAGGAAGAGCUGCUGCCGGCCAUACAGGCCGCCGGGUACCUGCUCCUGCCCAGGUUCCUGAGCCGGUGCCUGCUGGCGCUGCGGCCGCUGCUGGGCCCCCAGAACUGCCUGGCGUACCUGCACUCCGCGGAGGCCGUGGGCUGCCCCGAGCUGCGGGCAGAGGUGUGCCGGUACCUGAGCGCCCACCUGCUGGAGCUGGCGGAGCCCGUCACGGCCGGGCUGGCCCCGCCGCUGCGGGAGGAGCUGGCCCGCCUGCGCCUGGGAAGCCUGCCCCAGCUCUGCGUGCUGCGCGCGGAGAACGUCAGCAAGCUGCAGCCGGGCGCCACGCUGGGGCCUCUGCAGGGCCUGUACCGCCGCCCGCUGCCCCCCGAGGAAGGCGACUGGCGCUGCGCCACCCGCCUGCCCUUCCAGGCCGACAAGUGGAGCUUCAGCGCCGCGCAGCUCUUCAACUACCUCUUCCUCGUGGGGGGCUACCGAGAGAGACACGGGGCCCGCGGCUUUGCCUUCCGCAUGGCGGCCUUCCGCUACAACCCCCUGACAGACGCGUGGCAGGCCACCGCCACCCCCAGCAAGCGCCGGCGCCACUUCAGCACUGCCGUGUCCGGGCAGUUCAUCUUCGCCAUCGGAGGCUGGUACCUGGACUCGCUGCUGGCGCCGGACAGCAGCACCUGCCUGCACAGGGCGGUGGAGCGCUACGACCCCUGGGCGGACCGCUGGACCUUCGUCUCCCCCCUGCCGCUGGGCGGCACCUCGUUCACCAUCUCCCUGGCCCACAGCCUGCCGCUCUGCAUGGCCCACGCCGGCUCCAUCUACGCCCUGGGCAGCCUGCGGCACACCGGCGAGAAGCUCCUGCUGCACUACUGCGUGGCCACUGACACGUGGCAGGAGCUGCGCCCGAGCCUGGCGCGCGCCGACGCCGACCUGCCCGCGCUCUGCUUCCUGGGCGGGGCGGAGCCGCUGUACGUGGUGGGCAGCGGCGCGCGCGGGACCGUGGUGGCCGCCUUCAGCCCGGGCGCCCGGCGGUGGGGCGCGGCGCGGGAGCUGCCCGGGCGCGGCGCGGCGGGGCAGGGCGUGGCGCGCGACGGCCUGCUCUACGUGGCCUCGCCGGACCGCGGCGCCGUCCUGCAGCUGGAGCUGGGCGGCCCGCGCUGCCGGGAGCUGCCGCCGCCGCCCUUCCCGCUCUCCUACGAGGCCUUCUGCAUCCUCCACUUCCCCGGCGCCCCCGAGGGCCGCAGCCCGGGGCGCGCCGGGGCCUUGCAGUCCGACGCCGGCUGA